UCUGCUUCCUCCAGCCAACGUGGACACUUACUGGUCGGGCACGGCCCCCAUCUGUUUAGGAGGCUGCAAAGGGAAGCACAAAGAGCUGAAGAGAAGCCGGUGCGGGAAUGGGAGCUGCUGUUGGCUCGGGUACAAGUCCUUUUGCCGAGUGAACUGUGGGCGACCCGAAGCCGGGCUCGACUCCAUGGUCUACGGCAAUGACUGGUGGGUGGGCUCCGUGGUGCGCUACAGCUGCAAGCCUGGCUUCCUGCUGGUGGGAGACCCCGUGAGCGUCUGCCAGUCCAAUGGGCGCUGGACCUCCAAACCGACUUGCCUCCGGAUUUGUCUCCGAGGCCGGGUUGAAAUCAACCAGCGGGACAUGAACGGCAGCUGCUCCUCCACCUGUCCCAACGAGGUCCACUUAGCGGCCUUUCUCAAGCACGGCUGCAUCAAGAUCUCUGACUGUGUCAUGAAGUCGUCCACUUGGACCCGCUGGUUCAGCCAUUGCGACGUUUGCGAGUGCAACUGCUACGUCCCCUGCAGUAAGCGUCCCCCUACAAUGGGUCCCGCCCCCAACAUUAACUUCAGCAGUCUUCAGCUCAACGAGGGCUAG